CUUGCUCAGAUACAGGGUAGGCGAUGUCCAAACUGCAUCUUAACCUGAACGUUUCGCUUAUAUAGGAUCCAAUUCACGAGGUACAGCGUGAACUGUUUCACCGGGGAAAGUUGCGGGAAAGUUUCAGAUUUGUGAGGGAAUAAACCCAAGAGAAUCGUGCUCCACAAAGGCCAGAAAUGUUUGCAUCUGAAAUGGAGAGGAUUUCAACCGAGCGCGCAGAUCCUGGAGUACUGACCGCUGGGGAAGACUACAGUCCAGAGUCAUCUGCAAGCAACCUCCUGCAAGAUCCCUUCCUCGUUUCUAUUCACAUCAUAACAGAUCCAGGUGAGGCGAAAACACUCCAAAGUGCUGCUGACCGACUCCUCUCCCUCCUCCAUCCACAACUGACCCUCUUCAGAGUGUCAGAGCGAGCAGAAGGGCCCCAGCUGAAGCCCCAGUGCCCCACAGACCUCCCUCUAUCCCUUUGUCCAUGCCUAUCUGUCAUCCUCUUCCUGCAAGAUUAUGGAGGGGAAGAGAGCCAUGAGCAGCAGCUGAGGCGACCUCCAUGGCGUUACCACCACUCAGAGCAAGUACAAGGCUUAGCUUUUUCCCCAGCAAGGCAGGAUUUCUUUAUGCUAGCCCCUGGUACACCACUCUGGGCUCUGCGGAAAGUACGUUAUGGAAAGGAGAUUGUACGAUUCACAAUAUAUUGUCGAUAUGAGACCUACAGUGAUCAGGUGCGGCUCUACAGACUGCUACUGCGUCGCCCUUUUGCAAAGAGGAACCGGCAUUAUAGCUUCUGUGUGGUCUACUCCAAUGACCAUAUGGAGAUUCAGCUAUCAUUUAAGCGGUCACCAGAAGGACAGGAUCCUACCCCCACAGAAUGCACUUUUAUGGAGAUACGGGUGAGAAAUAUGGGUGGGCUCAUACCACUUCUGCCCCAUCCCUGUAGACCAAUCAGUGACAUACGUUGGCAAACCAAGGAUUACGAUGGGAAUAAGAUAUUGCUGCAGGUACAUGGCUCAAAGGAAAUCACUCUGUCCUCUCCAUCCUCAGACACACCCUCUUUUGCAACAUCGAAUGGUCAUGGCCCUGAUGUCUAUCGGAAGUGUUGCUGCCAAAGUACCUCCCACUCUCAUACUCAGAAUCCACUCAGGCAGUCUUCUCAGAUUCCCCUAGCACUGCAGCGUAAGCAGGAAGAUAUAGAGAGUGUUCAGUGUAGCCAGGAAAUUGUAUGUGCUGGAUGGACAGACCUCCACACUCACUCUCUAAUCUCAAUGGCAACCGAAGCAUUUCAUUCAGUAAGCAGCUAUCCUUCCACCUCCCAUCCAUGCAGGUCCUUCUCUCUGACAAUGCCAAGGUUUCGGAUAAAUGUAGACACACUAGUGGGAGCUGAAGAGACAGAUGUCGACACAGGUCAAGCAGUAAUCAGCAGAUCUGUAGAUCUUUCGGUGGUCUCAGCUUAUAUGCUCCCACAGAGACAAAUUCAUUCAAAAGCUAUAGUCCCACAGCCUCUAUCUGAGCAUCUAAUCUCAAAUAAAAUGACGUCACUUCCAAGAGGUGUGUGCUCUCUUCAGGCCAAUUCAAAGUGGAGUAGAGGGGUGCAUAGAAGGAAUGGCUCAGAUAGAAUUAAAGACAUCGCUUUGGAGGACAAACAGGAGUUCUUCAUCUGAUGUACAGUCACUCGAUUAUGAAACUUUUAUUCAUCUUCAAUAACUGCUUUAUCCUACACGUCAUGCAGACUAAUUCACUGGAGUCAUGCACCAUCUAAUUAUGUUGUAAUGAUGUAAAAUUACCUAAGUGAGCAUGUGCUAUUUGAAAAGAAAAUAAUUACAUUUGCAAGUUUACCAAAGGAUGAAUAUAUAUAUUUUUUAAAACUUUUUCUGAAAUGCCUGAUGACACUGGACCUAUUUUCAGCCCUAAGCCAGCAGAUGUGGUGUUGUGAGUACUGAUCAUCUAGAGCUCUGCUCCUUAAAAUAUUUUGUAAAUAAGUCUUUUGUAUAUACACAAGUGGACAAAAUUGUUAGUACCCUUCUAUUAAAG